CGGUUUCCCGCCGCCUCAUCAUGGCUCUCAACAUCCCCGGAGUGGCCGUGAUGAUGCUGUUUUACCUGCUGGUCCUCGGGACCGGCAUCUGGGCUUCCGUCAAGUCCAAGAAAGAGGCCAAGAAGACGCAGGGGGAUAAAACAGAGAUGGCCCUGCUGGGGAACCGGGGCAUCAACCUGGUGGUUGGGAUCUUCACCAUGACAGCUACGUGGGUUGGAGGCGGGUUCAUCGUGGGCACAGCUGAGGCCGUCUACAACCCGUCCAUGGGACUGAUCUGGGCAGUGAUGCCAAUAACAGCAACACUGUGUUUCAUCGUUGGUGGCUUCUUCUUCGCUGAGCCGAUGCGAAACAAUAAAUACGUGACCAUGAUGGAUCCCUUCCAGAUCAAGUACGGCAAGGUCCCGACAGCGGCUCUGUCGCUGGCUUCUCUCAUAUCAGAGAUCAUGUGGGUAACAGGAACGCUCAUCGGAUUAGGUGUUACCAUGAGUGUAAUCCUGGAUUUGUCCUAUACUGUGAGCAUCUGGAUCUCUGCUGCUGUGGCCAUCACCUACACACUGCUGGGAGGCCUCUACUCUGUGGCCUACACAGACAUCAUACAGCUCAUCCUCAUUUUCAUCAGCUUGUGGCUGUGCGUCCCCUUCGCUCUGAUGAGUCCAGCUGUCUUGGACAUCACAGAGACGGCCUUCAACCGAACCUUCCAGUCUCCUUGGGUGGGUUCCCUGGAGCCAGAAAGAGCAUGGAGGUGGAUUGAUAACUUCCUCCUUCUGGGUUUGGGGAACUUGGGUCUUCAGAAUUUUCACCAGAGGACGCUUUCUGCUGCAUCUUCAGAAACAGCCAAGAUCACCUGUUUUGCUGCGGCGUUCAUCGUUCCCACAUUAGGAAUACCGCCCAUACUCCUCGGAGCAGCUGCUGCAUCAACAAACUGGAAUCUGACCACCUAUGGAUCCCCGUCUCCUUUUGAACGCGGGGAAACUGGUCUCAUCUUGCCACUGGUGCUACAGCACCUUACCCCCACCUAUAUCUCCAUCAUUGGCAUCGGGGCGGUGGCUGCUGCCGUGAUGUCAUCGACUGACUCAGCUUUACUGUCCGCAGCCUCCAUCUUUACCUCCAAUAUUUAUAAGAACAUCCUGAGGACACAGGCAUCUGAGCAGGAGAUCCAGUGGGUGAUUCGGCUGUCUGUGAUAGUCGUAGGUCUGGCUGGAACGUCACUCACCUUCCUGGACAACAGCGUCCUGAUGAUCUGGUUGCUUCGCUCGGAUCUUACUUACACCCUUAUGCUACCUCAGCUGGUCUGCGUCCUCUUCUUCAACGUUUCCAACGGUUACGGGGCCGUCUUGGGCUGUGCCACCGGCAUCCUGCUCAGGGUGCUCUGCGGGGAACCGCUGCUCGGCAUACCGGCAUUCAUCCACUUCCCAGGAGGCACUUGGGAAAACGGGUUCUACAUCCAGCACAUGCCGAUCAGAACCAUCUGCAUGCUGUCUGCUGCGGUUUCCAUCUUGUUCUUCUCCUAUCUGGCAUCUGUCCUCUAUAAAAAAGGCCUGAUUCCUGAGAAGUGGGACGUUUUUAAUGUGCAAGCUCAAUAUUCAGCCGAUGGCCAUAAAGCUGUCACUACAGACUACAACCUGAAUGAUCAAACUGAGGAGAGUGAAGUGUGUGAACUAAAGCUGGAAUCCAAACUCUAAGGAUAAAUGUUAGAUAACAUCCACUUUGAGAUCUUUUAGAAGAAAAUUUUCACCUUAAAGUUUGUUGUUGCCACAUAGUUGAAAUUUUUAGCAUUUUGCAUCAUUUGAAUGCUGAAAAAAACAAGAAGAUAUGCUUUUUGUGAUAAGAGCCCAACAUUUCUGCAGUUUUAUGCAGCAGAGAAAUGUUCAAACACUGUCAUCAACAACAGCUUUCAUGGUCCACAUACACCACAGGCCCUCCCAGAACCAAAACCAGAUCAUUUAUAGCUCUACAGGCUAUUAGUACACUCUUUAAACCAGCUAAAACUUCCCAAUCAUGGUUUCCAUACUUAGUAGCUUUUCCCAUUAAAUAUUCACUAAUCCAACCUGUGUUGAUUUUAUAUCAACAGGGUUAGGCUAACCGAUAAUAAACAAUGUCAUGCCAAAAAAAAAAGUGUUAAAGGGACUGAAAUCCACAUUAAAACUAUUAAAUAGUGAGAUAAAAAGGAAAAAUAACAUGGAAUAAAAAAGACCUUUAUAGUUGAUUAUUUUUAUUUUCAUUCUUCCUUAAAAAGGGCUUGAAGAAAACAAAGAUCAAAACUUAAUGUCAAAUAUGACUUUAGAGGCAUUUAAAUCUGGAUUUUAAAUGAAGACUCAAUUGUUACCUUGCUCUAUUGAAUAUAUGAAUAAUUAUAUAGGUCAGUGUGUCUGUUUAGUAUGUGGUUUAUCAAAUCUAGCACUAAAUGCUCAGCAACUAAAGGCUAAUAUUAGCUAUAGUUAAAAAAAAUUGUUCUGUUGAUUGAAGUCCUAAUAUUUUCAUCUUGUCUCAUUAUCAAUCGAGAUGGAAGGUUAGGUUAUCGUCUGUUAAGAGUAGGGAGACUCCUUUUAUUCCCCUUGCUAACCAAACAAACUGUUCCAACAGCAUCAACUUUACAUUUAAAUAACAAAGCUGUUUUAUAUUUAUGUUCAAAAUGCAGUAAAGUAGAAACGAUUUAGUUUUUUUCAAUCCUUAUACUGCUGAAAAAACACAUUGACACUGAAUGGAAAUAUAGAAAUGUAACCGUGGCAACUUCCUUAUUUGUCUUGGAGGGUUUGGGUUGGAUCACAAAUGUACAUCUCAAAAUCCAACAUGGCUGCUUUUUUUUUUUUUUUUUUUAAUAGAGAUGUCUUGAUUCAGUAAUGAUAAAUAUCGAAUUAUAUAGAUUUGAACCUAAAAAUCUCAUGCUGUCAAAAUUGCUCUGCUUCUGUCUGAAGUUUAUGUAACCUUUUGGUUAAUGAUCAGUUAUACUUAUUUUUGCUGACUAUUCUUCUAAAGUUGCAACAGAAAUCAGAAUGUUCUAUUGGGACAUCUUAUUUUAUUUAUGCCGUCUGUUUAAAUCAGUCACAUGCAGUAAAUGUACCCCUGGUAAUGAAAGUGCUGAUAAAGACAGUUAAUGUAUAGAUGGUUUGAGAGUUUCUGAGAAGUCUGGCCAGUUUCCUCUGGACGCUGUUCAACCGGUCGGCUCAGUGAUCCAGGUCCAGAAAAACACUAUGAUGGGACAUCUGUUAAUUAUUUUUUUUACUUUUUAUUUACAGUUUAUUACAGUAAAAAAAACUGGCGGCUGGUUAUUUUCCCAUUCAGUAAAUGUCCAUGUGCCUAUAGUCUUCUUUUCAAGGAAGCUCUUUAUAUCUCUAUAGAAAAUCACUGGUUUAAAGUAAAUUUCUUUAAUAUUCUUAGUUUACGGUAAUAAAAUAUGACUGACAACUAUCCACCUGCAGGAUUUUGUUAUUUUAUCUUAUUUUGAUCAGGACUAUUUUGUAUUUACUAAGAUUUAACUGUAAAAUGGUGGAAGCUGAGGAUCAGAACCCUGAUCAAUGGAAAUGUGGUGUCAUGUUUUCAGAAAAAGAUAUACAAUCGAAUGAAAAAAGCAGGAAGGCACCCAUAGGAAAAUGUUGGCAAAAAUCUAUUUUGCAAUUUUGCUAUGGCAGAUCACCGAUAUUAAUUGACCCGAUGUAUUAUACAAUCCCUAAUGUUUGAACACCAUAAAACAGUCCCCUGCUGAAUAACUAUAACUCUCACAUAAACUAAAAUGUAGCCCAUGACCAGGAGCUACAUGGGAAUAAAUGGGUUGUUUUGCUUAUUAAUGCCGAUAUGUCGUGCAUCCCUAGAGAAAAGGAUAUGAAUAUAACGUUUGAUUACCAAAAGAACCUCCAGAAAACAAGUAGUUUUUUUAUUUAUCUGUAAACAUGUUCAUGCAGUGCUCCAUAUUACAGGAAACAUAAAUCCACAAUCUUCCAUUUUCUCUCUUUGCACCAAUAGAUGGCGAUUUUUUGAUUGUAUUAAAAUAGAAAUCAUAAAUAGGGCUUUGAUUUUUGAACCAGGAUAUUGUAAUGGUCUUGGUACCUGCAUGCAGAUCAUGAUGAAUCAAAAUUUCAAAGACGCAUUCUUUGUUUUGUGGACUUAAAGCCAUUUUCUUGCUUGGUUUGUUUUUUUUUUCUCUCCAUUUA